AUCAUACAGUACAGUAGGUGGCAGUGAUACGCAUCUAGAGUCUGAGAACAGCCAUUAAAACAAGAGGAGAAUAAGCAAGUGUGGAGAGUUGCUUUUAUUCGCGUGUUUCGUCGGAUUUGUUUUCGUUUUAUACUUCGUGAAAAUGUCAAGACUAGAUAAGUUACAUUCUAACCUGAUGAAGCGGAUGUCAAUUGUCAUUCGUGAUAUUUGGGUGGAGGUGGAAGCGACGGUGAAGGACUAUCAAAAGGAAGCAGCCCAAACACGGUCAGAAAACGCGAGGCUGAAACAACAGCUCAGGGAUGCGCUGAGCAGGAAUCAGGCACAUUUAAACGGAGUCCACUAUGUCCCUCCUGAUGAAGCCUCACCCACAGAAUUACCAGCAUGUGGAUAUGGGUCCCCAGCUGAAUCAGAAGACCCAGAAGAUCAGCAAACGGAGGACGAUGCCCAGAAUCAGGAUUCAUCUAGUGAACUGAAGCCACGCAUACUAGAUGUCAUUUCAAUCUGUAAGACAGAGGCAGAAGAUAGAGACCUAGGGCAUCAAAAAGAUAUCUCAUCUGCAGGUGAACAACGGCUCUUCCCUCAGUUUGACAGCUCGAGUACAGAUGAGACAUGGAACAGGAAUACACCCACUGUGGCAACACCAAGGGUCAAGAGUGAGCCCGAGGACACCAUCAUCACAAUAACGUCUUCAGUUACUACCACCCCUGCCCACUCCGGCCCGUGUCAAGACUCAGAACCCGCCCACCAGAUGAGAACAGCCAGUGACGCUUCAACCCUGUUGAGGAGACCGCAGAAAAAGGAGCGCCUUCGCACACGAUACACCAUGCCUAGGAGAGCAUCCUCAAAAGAUCAUGAUCAUGAAGAGCCGUAUAAGUGUAACAAAUGUGGAAGGCAGUUAAAGGACUUGGCAAAGCUGCAACUGCACAAGAAAUUACAUGAAAGAUCCUUCAUCUGUCACUGGUGCGGCAGAAACUUCUCAAAGUUUGACUACCUUCGGAUGCAUAUGCGCACACACACCGGAGAACGGCCUUACCGCUGCAACUGGUGCUCAAAGACCUUCAGCCAGAGCGGGAACAUGAGGAGACAUGAGCGCACAUGCCGGAGUUUCAACGAAGAAUCGACAACACACGGGCUGGAAGAUCAACAGCUGCCCGCCGAGUGACCAGUGCAUCUUUGUUGCCAGAUCGCUGCGGGCAAACCUUGAAAAAGAACCUGUUGUUGUGAUAGAAAGCUGAAAUUAGAUUUUUUUUCAUUAGAUAUAUUGGGAUAUUUAUUGUUUUAUCAAGUAUAUUAGAAGCUUCCAUGUUACAGAAAAUACAGAACGCCGAAAUGCUGUUUGACCAACAUUUCUAUGACCUUUUCAGGCUGUAUGUGUGCAUAAAUGUUGCCAGUAAGUCAAAAAAAACAUCAUGAGAAUGAACUUUUGCCCUUUUGAGGAAGAUCACGUUGUGUUCCAUACUGAGUACCAUGACCUAACGUGUUUUAAUAUUAUAAAUACUCCACAGGGAGCAGUAUCUAGCCAAUGAAAUGUUUUUUAAGCAGUGCAUAACUAUAAAAAUGUAUAUUUACUAUAGGAAGGAAUGACUUUCAUUACUUGUUUUAUUAAUUUUUGAUUUUUUUUUUCUGGCCUACACAUUACAAUUUGAAAAUUCCAGGUUUUUGAUGAGUGUGGGAAUCACAGAGGACGAGUUAAAUCUAAAGCAGUACAUUAGGAUAUGAAUCAACAUGGUAGAAUGAACAGUAAAAUGUACUUAAACUGCAAAAUUGUCAAAGAAAAUCAUGUAAUUUGAGAAGAUGUAUCUUAUGACUGUCGAAUGAGGAACUUUGUCGUAUGUAAAAACAAACGCUUGAAUAAACUAGAUUCAGUUUAAUUUGAUGUCAGUAAUCAUCUGUAUCUGAGGAAAAUGUUUAUCUGGCCAUUGUGAAGUUACUGUAUGUAUGCAUGUGUGUAAUAUGCAUACCUAGGUACGCUCAAUUUUGCCUUACCUUGGAAAUAUUUUACAACCUUGUCAUUUAGCACAUACUGUUUGUCCAAAAGUACCAUAAAUAUUCUAUAAUCUUCAAGGUAUUUAUUUGUCACAUAUACUGCAUUUAGCAUUCUUUCUUUGUAAGUGAUGUUUUUAUAUUGUUAAUCUUAAUUUUCUUGUCUUUCUGUUCCUGGUUUAGUGGGGUUCUGUCUUUUCACAGCUAAUUUAGGCAA